CAGCUUUCAUCUUGUUGACGAUGUCGGAUAUCGCCCAUCUUGUCUGUCCAUUAUUCUAAAUAUCGUCAGAUGAGAAGCGAUGCUAGAAACACGAACGACAGCAACUUCUGCCGAUGGUGAAGCCGCUCCUGACGAGGCAGUUUUUGAGUACCAUCGAGCAACAAUCCUUGCUGAUGAGAAUCUGAGACAUGUACAAAAUGGUCAAGAAUUAAGAGACGCACUUCAUUCGUUGUCUUUGGAGUUAACAGAGGCAGAUGCUCAUGCUACUUCUAAAGAACAAGAAGUUGGGGGGCCAAUUAUGGCUUGCAAGACAGUCAAUAUCUCCUAGCAGUCAUCUUAUUUACUACAAAUUGUUUGUCGUGAUUUCAUUUGAUCAAGCAAGGAAAAAAAGAUAUGGGGACAAGAAGCAAGUGGGCUAGUAAGUAUGGCAAGAUCUUCUAAACCUAGAAUAAAUUCUGUCUUUUCGCAGAUAACAUUUUCGAACGAGCACCCAAGCCCGCUCUUCGAGCCGAACCCUUGGAAGAAGGACGUCUCCACAGAUGGAGUGAAGAUCGGGAGGCACUAUCGCUACGCCAUUCGCACUGAAGACGUGCUCGUUCAAGCAUUAGAGUACGCUUGCGACAAAGAACCAAGUUUUGUUUGGACUUAUCUUCGGAAUACUACUAACUCCAAUAAUACUACCAACAAAAGGUGGAGCAGCUGCAGUUGUAAUGCCGAGGUUUUGCCCAGCCUCUACCUUGGCGGUUUCAAAUGUGUGGGGAACCUAGGAUUCCUAAAAGAAAACGGCAUCUCCGCGAUCCUAAACACCGCAGCUGAUCUUGGUGGAGUUUUUGUUCAAUAUCCGAGAUAUGUCGAGGCAGCGAAAAGUAUCGACUUCGGAAGUAACAGGAGGAUCGAUUUCCUCAGCGUUUCGUGGAUUGACUCUGCGAAACAGGUUCUGACACGGGACGACUUGGAGACGUGCUUGCGUUUCAUCGACGCAAACUUGUCGAAAGGCAGAUCUGUACUCGUGCACUGCGCUCAGGGCCGGUCGCGGUCGUCAGCGGUCGUGGUAGCGUACUUGGCAGCGAAGUUGCAGAUUAGCAUCAGGGAAGCACUUCGCCAAGUGCAAGCAAAGCGGAGAAUGGCGCAACCGAAUCCUAAUUUUAUUGACCAGCUCCAGAGCUUCGAAGUGCAGGACGAACUUUUCAGAGACUUCAACUUUUUAGAUGCAUGGCACUCAAAUGGCACAUUAUAAGUCAUUCGUAUCAUGAUCUUACGGCUAAGACUAGAUUAUGAUUGGUGGUAAGCUUCUCCUUUUGUUUCGUCGGGGCUCAAGUGCGGACUCACUGAAAAAAAGCACUGGGUCAUUCUAGUUUUCUGAAUACUUCCACAGUUUGAUGCGAUGCAUAGUUACACCGGGCAAAGUCCAAGUUGAUUCUUUCUCUUGUCAUUAUGGAUUCUUUCUCUUGUCAAUAGACCGCCGAACGUCGUUUGUCCUUCAAGAAGCAUCAUUUUGAUUAGUUAAGCUUUUCUAGAUCGUUCGGAGCAUCUCGGUCUCGCUCCUCUUCUUCCAGUAACUACGGGCGCGCUUUGAUACAUAGUAGAAGGAUCUGCACCAAAAGGAGGUGGACUUAGUCCAAGGAUUAGAGACGACGAAGGCGUAGUAGACUUCUAUUUAUUACUUAGUACAGGACUCAUUUGAUCAGCUAGGG